AUGAAAAUUCCUGAAGAAAGGAUAGGCUCUAUUGAUCAAGAGCAUGAAUUCUUACGAGACAAUGAUUUUAUCCAUAAGGGCUACCGUUUAUACUUCAGAUCUCCCAAAAGAAUCCUAAAAAGCUUAUUCAUGAUACAUAAUGAAUCAGUCAAUGUAUGGACGCAUUUAAUUGGAGUCAUAUACCAAAACACCUUUAUGGUUUGGGCUUCCUGAUCUUUUCCAAAGGAAAAGAGGAGAGUUGAUCGAGCCAACUAAUGUUGGUUUGGCCAACUCUCCAAGUGACAGAACCACAUGAAGCAAGGCUUCUUCCAUUUGGGGAGAUGCCAAACCAAUAUUACUUGAUUAGACUAGCUCUCCUCCUUCCCUCCAGGAAAGAUCGGGAAGCCAAGCCAUAAAGGUGCUCAUGCUCUAUUGUUCAUUAUGUUCAUUUAUUACACUGUCACGUGGUUUGGCAUUAGCUCCAGCAUCACUAACCCUCAUAUAAUUGAAGAUCUCAAGUCAACCAUACUCAGCAGCUAUCAAGUCAGCGUUUCCACAAUCCACGAAAUCGGUUCUAUUGCUUAUAAAUAUGAACAGAGUUUUCAAGAUAAGCUUAUAGAUUUGCUUCAUGAAGCUCAUUCUUAUGGAGAAAGACUUGAGCAUAAAAUCACUGAUAUCUACGCAGAUUUGCAAGCUUUAAACGGGACUGAAAAAUUCUAUCCUUUAAAAGAAAAACUAGCGAGAUUGGUUAAAGUGAUUGAUAGUAAAGAGCUAGAUUGGAUUGAUAUUUAUAACCCUUAUCCGGAGUAUGCAAUUAGGCAUCAUUUAUCAAGAUGGCCUGUUGUGAUAUUUUUAGUAAGUGCUAUUAUGUGCUUGGGGUGCUCUACUAUUUUUCACUUAUGGAAAGACUAUUCGCAUGAAGCGUGUCGCACUUUGGCGAGGCUGGACUAUGCGGGGAUAUCAUUUUUAAUUGCUGGUUCGUUUUAUCCAGCUAUUUACUAUCCUUUUUAUUGCCAUGAAAGUAACGUUUAUUUAGAAUAUAUCAUUAUGUAUUUGACAGGAAUGACUAUUGCAAGCUUAAUUGUUUUUGCUGUAUCAAUGAUAUGCAUUUAAAAUGGUGUGGUGAGUCGACACACACUCUUAACACCUGCAGCUGGCCGCCCAAGGACUUUAUGGAAAGGAGAAUAGUAUCAGAAGAUGUGUAUCCGCAGGUUUUUACCUUCUGGUGAUGCACAAGGUUAUCCCUCCCAUGCUCAGAAAGGUUUUUUCUUUCUAAGAGAUGGAGCUUGGAGUUGAGAAAAGCCCAGCACUGCCCAUCUUGUCUAUCAAGAAAAUUAGAAUUUUCGAAUUUCCUGAAAUGCACUAGCAUUGGCAUGAGCAUGGCAGCAAAGCUCUCUGACUUCCUAAGACCCUUUUAGGAAGGAGCAGCACAAGGCAAAGCCUUUUACUAAGCGGGUAGAGCAUAACGGUAGACAAUUAAUAAAAUUAAGGCUUGCAAAAGAACUUAUGCUGUAUCAAAUGAUGCCAAAAUUCCAAAAAGCAGAGUUACGAUGGUUUCGAGGAACAAUCUUUUUGGUGCUUGGACUACUUGGAGUUAUCCCUGCAGUACAUUUGGUUUACUUGUAAGCGCUAUUUAGUGAAGAAUCUCACUACUUUUUGACAGCUUUCGCUUGCUAUCUAAUGAUGGCUGCAAGCUACAUUGUAGGUGUGCUGAUUUAUAUUGCAAGAGUGCCAGAAAGACUUUACCCAGGAAAAUUUGAUAACUUUGGGAACUCGCAUAAUAUUUGGCAUUGUUUUGUAGUAGCAGCUGCAAUUUGGCAUUAUAUAGGGUCACUUCAAGCAUAUCAUAUUAGAGCUAACAUGCAAAUGUGCCCUAGUUAA